AUGUCCAUGGGCAAGUUUUCUUUAGCCCACCAUUGUAAGACAAUUAAUGACAUGCUUGCCCACCAAAAUGCCCAUGAGCAAUUCUUUAACCCACCAUUAUGGGACCAUCACCACCUGAUCCUUACGGCCCACCACCCACAACCUCCGAUAUACGGUCCGCCACGGCCUGAAUAUGGCCCUGGCCCGCCACCACCGCCUCGGACACACCCUGAUUACUAUGCUCCCCACCCUCAUCAUGGGCCACCAGGCCCACCUUCACCUCCUUAUUACUCACAUCAUCAUCAGCCCCAUCACCGUCCUGGCCCUGGUCCUCCAGGUCCAGGCCCGGCUCCACCACCCUACAUGGACCGUGAUCCUUACGGCCCAUCACCGCCGUCUAUGGACCGUGAUCCUUAUGGUCCUCCUCCACCUCCCAACAUGGACCGUGAUCCUUACAGUCCACCACCGUACAUGGACCGUGAUCCUUACGGUCCACCUACUCCUUGGCCUCGCCAGGGUGCAGCACCACCGCCACCACCUCGGCCUUAUUAAGUUGAACAAGCCAGCUGAAGAUGAUCAUGAUCCUACUUCAGAGUGAAAUGGAUUAUGGAUUAACAUCUCUUUUGAUAUGAUCUUCCUUCUAUAUUCUAUAAAUAAAAUUUUGUGUAUGCUAGAGUUACUAGGUAGAUUGGUAUUAGUAUAUCUUAUUGCAUCUGUAUCACUGUAUGUUUUUUUAGGAAGAUCUAUGAAAAUCAAGCUGAUUUGAGCUACGUUCAAUAAUGUUUGUUCAGAUUUUUUUUUCUAUACAAAAUAAAUUUAUGC